AUGUCUUGGAAGCUCACCAAGAAGUUAAAGGAAACCCAUCUGGGUCAAUCCUUGAGCCCCUUUUCUCGGUCACCGUCUACUUCAACCAUCACCGACAAAGAGAAGGAGGCUCAAGCCAGCGGUGCCGUCACACCCACGACCGAAAGUGCCAUAGCCGCCUCUGAGGCCAUGACACAGUCUCCCGUAGUCAAGCCACCCAAGCCCGGUAUCCUCGUCGUUACACUCCAUGAAGGCCAAGGAUUUUCCCUCCCCGAGCAGCACCGAAGUGCAUUUGCUUCAUCACACCAAGGAUCGAUGUCCUCUGGAAGCGCCAUUUCCGGUUCCGUUCGACCCAGCUCCUCACAGCGCGCUGCCGGAUUCUCCAACGGAAGACCGCAGUCGUCUGCUGGUGGUUUCAACGGUAUCCCGACCAACCACGGCAGAAUUUCUGGCAAGUACAUGCCGUACGCCCUCCUCGAUUUCGACAAGGUCCAGGUCUUUGUCAACUCAGUCGACGGAAACCCCGAGAACCCCCUCUGGGCUGGCGGAAACACCCAAUACAAGUUCGAUGUUUCAAGAGUGACAGAGCUCGUCAUCCACCUGUACAUGCGCAACCCGACGGCACCACCCGGAUCCGGUCGAAGCCAGGAUAUCUUUUUGGGUGUCGUACGCAUCAACCCCCGAUUCGAGGAGCGACAGCAGUACGUCGAGGACCCCAAGGCCAGCAAAAAGGAUCGCGAGAAGGCGGCUGCCGAAUUCGCAGCGCGUCACGGCCACCAGGGUGCCGAGUGGGUUGACGUGCAGUACGGAACCGGAAAGAUCAAGGUCGGCGUUGACUACGUCGAGACUCGAGCAGGCAAGCUCAAGAUUGAGGAUUUCGAACUUCUCAAGCUGGUCGGCAAGGGCAGUUUCGGUAAGGUCAUGCAGGUGCGCAAGAAGGACACGAACCGAAUCUACGCCCUCAAAACAAUCCGCAAGGCACACAUCAUCUCGCGGUCUGAAGUCGCCCAUACACUUGCCGAACGGUCUGUGCUGGCACAGAUCAACAACCCCUUCAUUGUACCACUAAAGUUCAGUUUCCAAUCACCAGAGAAGCUCUACUUUGUCCUGGCCUUUGUCAACGGAGGUGAGCUGUUCCACCACUUGCAAAAGGAGCACCGAUUCGACGUCAACCGAUCACGCUUUUACACUGCCGAACUUCUCUGUGCUCUGGAAUGUCUGCACGGUUUCAGCGUGAUCUACCGAGAUCUCAAGCCCGAGAACAUUCUCCUCGAUUACCAAGGCCACAUCGCUCUGUGCGACUUUGGUCUUUGCAAGCUUGACAUGAAGGAUGAGGACCGAACUAACACUUUCUGCGGUACUCCUGAGUACCUGGCGCCUGAGCUGUUGAUGGGUCAAGGAUACAACAAGACUGUCGAUUGGUGGACCCUUGGUGUUCUGCUUUAUGAGAUGUUGACGGGCCUGCCACCCUUUUACGACGAAAACACCAACGAGAUGUACCGCAAGAUUCUAUCAGAGCCUCUUCACUUCUCGGAUGUGGUUCCUCCAGCCGCCAAGGAUCUCCUCACCAAACUCCUCAACCGUAACCCUGAGGAGCGACUGGGAGCCAACGGCUCAGCUGAAAUCAAGGCGCACCCCUUCUUCCAUGCUAUUGACUGGAGGAAGUUGCUUCAGCGCAAGUACGAGCCCACAUUCAAGCCCAGUGUGGCCGACGCUUUGGACACAACCAACUUUGACCCCGAAUUCACAUCUGAAGCGCCCCAAGAUUCCUUUGUUGAUGGCCCCAUGCUGUCACAGACAAUGCAGAACCAAUUCCAAGGCUUCAGCUACAACCGACCAAUUGCUGGACUUGGAGAUGCCGGCGGCAGUGUCAAGGAUCCGUCGUUUGUCGGUAGCUUGACGGAUAACCGAUAA